UGCAGCCUAACGCUGAGAUUAAACCAUGUUAAUGUGAUAACUUGCUCCUCAGCUCCAGUCCAGAAAUAUCAAUCAGCAGCAAACUUGCUAGGACGGUGUGCAUGCUUUGUGAUAUUUUCUCCCCUUUUGAUGCUGCAAAGAACAAUUCAACUUCACUGGAUUUAAACAUUUCCUCCACUAUUUUUGGACAGUUCAGCAAUGCUUAUUUUAUAUUUCUUUGUUUUGCAUGUUCUGCAGUCAGUCAGGGCACAGCAGCUGCUUCAAGGAUCAUGCAGAUUUGAACAAGGCACUUGUGGGUAUAACUCAGAUCCUGAAUACUUGAAAUGGGUUCUUGAUGAAGAAGGACAUUACAUUACUGCUGAUUCAGCCUUUGGAGGAGCAGGUCAGAAAGCUGUGCUGAUUGGUCCUGACCUGGAGCUGCUGGAGUGGGGCUGCAUCAGGCUGGUGUAUCAGAUCACUGGCUCGGGUUCUUUAAAAAUGUAUGUGAGGCCAGAGGGAGAGAGCUUCGACUACCUUUUGUGGUCGGCCCUGGAUCCCUCAGACAGCUGGCUCAUUGCAAGUAUAGACCUGAGAAACACAACUAACAGAUACAAGAUUAUUUUUGUGGCUUCACCUGGGCAAAAACCAGAGCAAAGCGUUGCAAUCUUUGAAAUACUCGUUGUCCCAGGAUACUGUGUUGAGUGUAACUUUGAAGAGCAUCAUCUAUGUGGAUAUAUGAACUACUGGAAUCCCAAUGUAAACUGGUAUGUAGGUGGAAGUACUAUCCGAGAUGGCCAGUCAAAUCUCCCCUUUGAUCACACAAUGAACAAUGAGCGAGGUCACUACAUGUAUGUGGAUUCUGUCUAUGCCAAACACUUUCAGGAGGUAGCUCAGCUCACAUCUCCAAUGACAACAACUGCGAUAUCAGGAUGUCUGUCAUUCUACUACCAGCGUGACCAAGCAAAAGGCAACGUUUUCUCAGUGUUUACCAGAGACAGAAUGGGCCUUUACGAGGAAAUCUGGAAACCUGACAUAUAUGCAAAGUUUAUCUGGAAGUUAGUAAAAGUGGAUAUAAAAGCCCCUCAUCCUUUGGCGGUUGUCUUUGAAGUUGCUUUCAACAGUGCUAAGGGAGGCUAUGUUGCGAUUGAUGAUAUUUCAUUCUCCCCAGAAUUCUGCAGCGCUGAGACAGAACCUUUCUUUGAUCCGUCUGUGGCAAACUGUGAUUUUGAAGAAGAUUUUUGUCAAUACUAUCAGGAGCAAACAGAAGGGUCUGUGUGGAACAGGGUUUCAGUGAAGCCUAAUGUUUACAGAGUAGGAGAUCAUACUACAGGGUCAGGUUCAUUCUUGUUGGCUAACACCAGGCUUAUAUCCAAGCCAGGCUACGUUGGGCGCCUGUAUGGUCCUUACCUGCCAGGGACAUUGAAGUACUGUCUGAGAUUUUACUAUGCCCUACAUGGGUUCAUUAAAACAGACAACACGCUGGCUGUUUAUAGCUAUGAUGAGAACAAUGUGGCCCAAGAGAAGGUCUGGACAGUCUCUGAAAGUCCAAUGGGCUCCUGGAUUCAGGUUGAAGUCAAUUACCAAAAACUCAUGCCCACAAAGGUUGUUUUUGUCAGCAUCUGUAAGAAUUUCUGGGACUGUGGAUUGGUAACACUGGAUGAUAUCACAGUGAGUCUUGGGGACUGCCGGAUCUCUGCUGAUGGGUUUCCCUGCCCUCCCGGUGAAUGCAGCUUUGAAGUGGAUAACUGUGGCUACACACAGGAUGAGAAAGACGAUAGUAACUGGAUACGAAAAAGAGGUCAAACCCCAACAUCGUAUACUGGACCCAAAGGGGAUCAUACAACCGGGGUAGGGUACUACAUGUACAUUGAGGCUUCCCCUAUGAUCUCUGGACAUAGUGCUCGCUUACUGUCGAAUGAGCUACGAGGCUUCUUGCAUCAGCAGUGCCUGGUGUUUUACUAUAACAUGUAUGGUUCUGGGACCGGCCUGCUGAGCAUCUAUUUAAAGAAAGAAGGACAGAGAGAUGAGGUGCUGCUCUGGAGGCGGAGAGGAGAGCAGAGUAUCUCUUGGCUUAAAGGCUUGGUGGAGUACGAGUGUGAUAAGAACCAUCAGAUUGUCUUUGAAGGUGUCCGUGGAAACUCAGUAAGAAGUGAUAUUGCGAUAGAUGACAUUUUAUUUCAAAAAGGACCAUGUAAAGAAUUGGGAGAAACAUCAAUUCCUUACUCUGGAUUCUCUGAAAACUAUAUUGAUUACUGAAAACAAUGGAGUGAUUUGUUGAAACAAAAAAGGAAUGAUUUGUUGCCGUCUGUAUUAAUCUGAACACAUACUUUCGUUGACUAAUGCUGAAAACUUCUUUCUACUAUGUUUCCAAAGAACAUGCAUAUAGAACUUAAAUACAGUAUUAGCUUGGCUCCAAAUAAUGCAAUAUGUUAGCAGUAGGAAAUAUGGAUGUGUCGUGUACUAGUUUGUAACUCUUUACUGGCAACGCACAUAUAGGGUGACCACCCGUCCCUAAUUGGACACAGUGCAAUCGUACAGUUUUGCGCCACAGUCAAACCAUAGCAUAUCUGUUUAGAGCAAAGCCCCGCCUCUGCCGCAUCAUUUUGCAAUGCCUUACACAGCCCCAGAAUGAUUGACACAUUUGAUAGCCAAUCAUGUGACUUUUUACACUCGCAUCACGUUCCCUAACAGUCUGACACUGAUCUGCAUUGGCGACAGCAAACAAAAUACAAUUUGCAGAAUAUUUUAAAUUUCAGUGUUUUCUUUGUUUAUGCGAAAUGGCAGACUAAAAGUUGAAGUGACACUGAUAGUGAUAUGUUGGUAAAGGAAGGAGUACCCUAUAAGGCCUACUUCAAAGAAAAAAAGUAAGCACCUGUGCAAAUUCAGAGAGGAAUGGGUAGUAACGGUCAUACACGUGGAUAAGGAAAAGUGCAAAUCAUUCAACAGGAGUUUUUUUUAUACAUUAUGUAGAAAAUAUUUUAGAAUUGGAUACUGAGGUGAAAAUGUUGUUAAGAAACAUGCAAAUUUGAUAUUUAAUUUUGAAAUAAUGUUAUUAAAUAUACAGUAAAAAAUAUGUAAAUAUACAAUACCACCCCCCUCCCCCCCUAAAAAUUGGCAGGUGUCCCGUUUUUGCAUUUUGAAAAGGUGGUCACCCUAUGCACCUAUGCACACAUAUCCCAUACAAAAGGGAAGAAAAACAAAUGUGGAACUCUAAUAGGAUGAACACAUGCACUGACAAAUGGCAAUUUAAACUUUUAUUGUGAUUGCUCAUGUUCUUCAAACCUUAUAGAUAAUCAAUAUCAGAAACAUCACUGUGGUAACUAGGGAAAGUAGCUUAUUAGUGGCACAGGUGUUGUUGUAACCUGAGCUUUGUGUUCUCUUUGUCCAAUAGUGAGAAGAACACAUUAAGAUGACAGAGUAGGGGGUGUAGGGAAAAGGCAGUCCCUAAAUGUAUUUUAUUUGACCUUCUUUUACAUUUUCACAUACCGUUUCACUACCUGCUUUAUUUUUAUUUUUUUUAAAUCAGGGUUGGCAAACAAAUGUGAAAAAAACACCUAUUCUUGUAAGUUGUAUAUAUUAAAAAUCAUACAAGAUUACUUUUAGUCAUACUGAAUUCCGAACAAAGUAUUUUUUGGAAAAUGCCAGGGAAGCAAAAUAUAGAAAAGAAUACAUUCAUAAUGUACAUUCAACAUUUAUCACUUAUUUUUAUGGUAAUGAUCUCCAUUAAAUGUUCCACUAGUAUAAUUAUAAUUAGGUAUAAUUAGGGCUUCUGAUUUUGUAUCUGAUCCCGAUACAAAAAAAAUGAAACUCAGUGGAUAGCCAACAAACACCGGAAAACACCAGAAAAACUGUGGAAAUGGUUAAAUCAAUCCAUGUUGACUUUACCCUUUUCCCAUUAAAAAAAUAAAACCUACUACAAAAAUAAUGAUAAAUACCUUUCCCAGUGCUGCUGGGCAAUGUCCCGCCUUCCUGACUUGCAUCUAUCAUUGAUUCGUUCUGAAGACUUUAAACCCGCCCCAACUACAGAGUGACAGCACAUUCCUACAUUUCUAUUGGAGACUCCGCUUGCGAGAUUUAAAACAAGAUUACAAUCAGGAUGAAGGCUUGUUAGCUGGAUUUAAAGAUGUAUUACAGUUAAGAUACGGAGGAUUUAAAACAAAGUUGUGGUGAAAUGUACAAAAAUGCCUACACACAAAAAAACCCCAGAAGAAUGUGUCCGUGACCAUAGCGAUUCCGUUGUGGAAGACAGCAAAGGAAAGAAGGUACAACUUAAGCAUGCAAGUACUGUCGAGUUGCUACUAACUAUACAUAUUUUGACAGAAAAAGAAACACUCAAGCAUUUUGGAAAGCAACCGAAAACACUAAUUUCAUACAGUAUAUAAAAUGCGAAAGCCCCGAAAAAAACGAUUUACAUAAAACUCGAAAAUAGCUAAAAAAUAAGCACCUAAAAAUACAAUUAAUAAAACCCAGAAAAACAGAAGCCCUAGGUAUAAUAUUAAAGCAAAUCCACAGCUUCCUUUUCAUUAUUUUAUUUGUCAGUGGGAUACUGACUCAGGACUUCUUAGUAUAGUUAGAUUUUGUAGCACUUCACAAUGGGCUCUAUGUAUCAUUGAUUUUUCUUUCGUAUUGUAGCGUUUCACUCAGUAGGCAGAAGAGAAGGAGAUAACACGCUGCUUUCAGGUUCAAAGCUUUAUUCAGACGCCAUCUCUACGCACCCUAUAGAGUACACUGCUCUAGCCGCUUCACUGCUUGCCCUGGAACGACCACAAUGAGCAUGCAACUCCCCCCCCUUUUAUAACUUAGCUCCGCCCCUUUAUGCUAAUAGGGUGCCGGAGCAAAGUUCUCAGGGCACAAUGCAGCAUACGACCGUGAUCGGCAACCUCCACCCCUGAAACACAGCUCCUCCCCGCAUGUCCGGUUUUCCCCCUAUGUGCUGUGCGGAAGGCAGUCUGCUUUCCUCCUCUGGCCUGAGUGACUCUCGGCACCCCAGUAUCAGGGGCUCCAUCUCAGGCAACAGGGGCUGUCCCUCAGGCGGUGGCAGAUCUGGGCUCUUCGACAGCGGUUCUCUCGGCUCCUGCUCCUUGGUCGCACCCCUUGCAGGAGUCCUUAAAAGGACUGGCGCUUCAAGCGGCAGCUCUCUUAAAAGGGCAGACGGCGGCAGCGCUCUCUCAGGCGGCAGUGGCAGGUAUUCCAUCUCAAACACUGGAGAUGGUCCAGGCUCCCUCGUUAACCUCUGGCAGGCAGUAGGUUCCCUUCCUCCUGGAAAGGGCAGCACGCCACUUUGUGCCCGAACUCCCCGUAGGCAAGGCACCAGCCUUGAUUCUCCAGGCCACCGAGGAGAUCCUCCAGUCCGCCAUCCCACCAGUUCCGUGACGUCUCGGGGUCGUACCACAGCCACUGGUCCAUCUCCGUCUUCUAUCUGCUCCUGCUCAAUGCUGGAUUACUUCUGUUCUUCAUCCUGCUGACACCAGUGUAGCGUUUCACGCAGUAGGCAAAAGAGAAGGAGACAAAAUGCUGCUUUCAGGUUCAAAGCUUUAUUCAGGGCGCCAUCUCUAGGCACCUUGUAGAGUACACUACUCUAGCCGCUUUACUGCUUGCCCUGGAACGACCACAAUGAGCGUGCAACGCGCCCUUUUAUAAAUUAGCUCCGCCCCUUUAUGCUAAUCGGGUGCCAGAGCGAACAGCUAUGCCAUUGGUCCCCAGCCGCGCAUUAGGACCAAUGGGCACACACAACCUACAGCCAAUGACAGGGACCAGGGCGCACCAUGCGUGCAGGAUAGCUUGCACAGCCACAGGGACAGAGCAAACCCGCAACUACAGCUAAUGCAGACGGGGGGGGGAGAGGAACACAAUACAGCGGUAUUAACAGCACACAGACAGUGGAAACAAGAGGGAAUACUGUACACAAACAUAAAUACACAGAUCGCUACAGUAUCUUGACUUUUAGUAGUUUUUUGUGACUUCGUAGACUUACCCGCAAUGUAUUAAAGUCAUUUUCACUCCCGUAACUUAGGCAGCAGCAGGGCUGGUAGGUGACGUAAUCACACACAAAGACAUGAGCCCGAUAAGCGCUCCUUGCAAAGGAGCCGGCUCAUUUGUACCGCGGUAUCGGUGCUAUACUUUAGUGCUAGAGGUCCCGGGUUCACGUCCGCCCUCUGCCUGUGUGUGGAUUGCCUCGCCCUGUGUGAUGCGCCUGCCUGUGUUAACCGAGAUCGCUACAUUGGUGUCAGAAGUGCACGCAGGUACCCCAGCACGCACUCGUCGGACUGUAGCCUGGUGAGCAAGUCCAUGGCGGAUUUGAGGCUGGCAGGGGAGAGUGUAGCAUGCACGGGGGAAGGCAGCAGCAGGGCUGUUAGGUGACGUAAUCACACACAGGGACAUAAUCCCGAUAUACGUUACUUGCAGCAAAGGAGCCGUAUUGUACAGCGGUAUUGGCGCGAUGCUUUAGUGCGAGAGGUCCCGGGUUAACUACAGUACUUUCAUAUGCAAAUAUACAAAUCUCAUUAUAAUAUCGAAGUUUUACGCUUACUCUGAGUGCGUGGGCCCGUGUGCAGUUGCACCUGCUGUUGCUCCGCCACUGCAUAAAUAUUCAGUAUUUUCUAAAAUUGCCUACAGUCUGAGCACAGUAUCUCCUACAGCACGAUGAGGGGCAGGUGGUGUUGGCUGAACAAUAAUACUGUAUAGUACGGGUUAGAAAUUAAAGUUACUCACGUAGUGCAUAGACAAAUGAACACCUCUGAAGCCUGCUGUAUGUACUGUACUUAUUUCCUUUACACAACUAAAACGUACAUAUACUCAAACAAAAGUUUUCUGCGAUAUUAAAGCACAGAAAGCACUCUUAUGAAAAUAACCUAUAGGUUACCUAUAGAAUUCUAUAGAAGACCUAUAGGCUAUUGUAUUGAACCUAUAGGUUUUUUAUAGAGAAUUGGCUAUAGAAACCUACAGGUGCCCAUAGAGAAUUGGGACAUUUGGCCGAUAGGUCUAUAGAAACCUAUAGGCUAUUUUCGUAAGGGCAUGUAGGGAAGCAUGGUUAGGUUGCAGAAUUACCGUGCAUAUGUACCGUGUUAAACUUCCAUAUAUAGAAACAGGCUUAGUUUUAUGCAUGCUUUGCGUUUUUGGGGACCCUUUCUUUUAGAUUCCGUUUUGGUUUGUUUUCACUGUGGCCAGGGUAUGUUUGCGCUUCACUAUUACAUUGUAAUGUUUACUUUACUUCUGGAAGUUCUAAAUCGUGACUUUCAACGUUGCAAAUCUAUUUAUAAUGAGAUGCAAACUCCAAUCUCUCCUGCAUGAUAAGCAGUAAUUUAUGCUGUUUGUAAACUUGCAGUGAAAUUACGAUAGUUCAUGAAAGAGCUUGUUUAGUACAUCACACGUAGAAAUUCUACGAGGGAGGUUUGAGGUAGAGUUCACUGAGGUGCCAACUUACUGUUAACAAUAUUUACAUGGUUUGGUAUAAUGAAAUGCAAAGCAGCAUUAGCAUUAUGUUGGUAACAUAAGCAAAUACUAUGAGAGUGACACUGAACUGAACACAGGCAGCAUAUAUAUACCAAUCCCCUUGAUUGACUCGUAAUUGAGAUGUUUGAGAAGGUUUUCAAAUGAGGAGACUAUUAGUUCAUACAACUUCAAAGUAAACCAAUUACACAGGUGAAGAGACAAGAGCUAUAAAGUGAGGAGUUAAACCAUUCAAUUAGUCUUUGAAAUUGCUCUGUUAAACCAGGUUAUUUAUCAAAGAUACAUUACUUGUCUCAGUAUAUGUUAUUUGUAUACAAUUGAAAAUUAUUUGAAAAGUUUGCUCAAUAUUUGAAAUAUUUGAUAUUUAUAAGUGUCUGGUAGAGAACAGAUAAUUUUUAUUCACACACUAUUCACUUGUGUGGUCUCUUUUAUAAUUGUAGUUUCUUCUUAAAAUAAACAUGUUUGUUGGGUAUUUCUAAGUUACAGUUCUGCAUAGUUACAUUUUCAAGCUAUAUGUCAAAGAUAAACAGGUAAUAAGUAAAAAGACCAUAAUACAAAAAGGCAAAUCUCUUGAUGCAACUAGCUUUAUAGGACAUUUUCAAGGCUUUUUUUUUUUUUUUUUGUAAAAUCAAAGCUGUGUUGAUUUUGUUGCUUGAACUUUAAGCAAGGGGCAAUUGUAUACAAUGUAUUGUGUUGCUUUAAGAGCUGCUAGAAUAAAAGCUGCCUCCAAAUUGCUUUGUGUGUCAUGUCUUUAGUGGAAUGUGAGUUUAUUAUAAAACUGGCACCACAAUGACCCCUCCCCUUUAACAAAGCUUGUUAUCAAUUUGUGUGAAAGGCAAAUUCACCAAUAAUGUGGCAAAAUAAGAAACAACAUACAUAGAUGUAAGAAUCCUCAAGCUUUGACAAAAUGGAGCGUAUGUUCUGUAUCCAUUUAAAGAAGACCAAUAAUGGCAUUUUCUAGAAUUAAGACAUUUAUGCAUCAAGAAUAUAGAUGAUGCACCAUUAACCAAAUCUGUAAAAACUGGGUCAUAGUCUUGGCAGUACCAGCUAAGAAUAGCACAAACACAAUUAAUUUUAGAUGAAAGUUCUCAAUAAAAGAAUCUCAAUUAUCUGUUGUCCCAAAAAUUACAAAUACAAAAUUGACAGUAGAUGCACUUGAAUGUAAUAUCCAAUGCCUUCUGUGUAGAUUAUUACAAAAUGUUUCAUAUUCAUUACCUGAGCGAACACUUUAGCAUGUUGAAACAGUUUAGGAUCUUGUUAAAAAAAAAAAAAAUGUACGACAAACUAAAUGUAGUAAAUCAGCAGUUUAAACAGUUUUUAAUUGGAAAUGUAUGCAAUGUUUUUUUUUUUUAUGUAUGUAUUUCUAGGGGAAAAUAAAACCUUUUUAUUGUU